AAAAAAAAACGAAGAGAGGGUGUUGUACGCGGACGACUCAAUCGGUUAGCUCGCUUCGUCGUCCACCGUCUCCCUCGGUCACCGUCGCCGCGCACGACUCCCAUCCAUGGCGAUCGAGCUCUGCCCAUUUAAGCCCGGGGCGCCUCUCUUCGAGGACUUGCAAACGCUUGCUGCAAGGAUUGGAUCCUCUGGCUUCUGUUGAUUUGGGGAGCUUUUCAUCGUCUCGACCGAACGGCCAGCCGCCGAGAUCGAGGAAGGAGGAGAUCGAAGGGCAGAGUGAUUUGGCAGCGGUGGACAUGGAUGUGAGGUUUGGGCCCGAGGAGCAGAUCGUGUGGCCGGCUUCUGUUCUUGCUGGGAUCCUCAUGUGCGCAGCGGUAUAUGAUAUAACUCGUGAAGUUAGCUCCCGGUGCUACAAGGGUUAUAAUGGACUGAAUGAAUUGCACAAACUUGAGUGGAACAACAGGGGAUUCUCUACCUUCCACGCAUUAGUUGCUGCUGUAGUCUCUUUUUAUCUGCUGGUGAUAUCUGACCUCUUCAGUAAGGACGUCCAUGGUGCCAUCAUAAUUGAUCGAAAAUCAUGGAUGUCUGAUGCCAUGUUUGGUGUAUCCCUGGGCUACUUCUUGACAGAUUUGUUGAUGAUCCUCUGGCAUUUCCCUUCUCUAGGAGGAAAGGAAUAUCUCUUGCAUCAUGGAUUGUCCAUGUAUGCAAUCUCUCUUGCUCUGUUGAGUGGCAAAGGACACGUGUACAUCCUCAUGGUCCUCAUCACUGAAGCAACCACACCCUUCGUGAACCUCAGAUGGUACCUUGAUCUUGCAGGCCGGAAGGACUCCAAGCUUUACCUGUACAACGGGGUGGCACUGUUUGCUGGAUGGCUGGUUGCUCGCGUCAUACUGUUCGUAUACUUCUUCGCUCAUGUGUACCUUCACUUCGACCAGGUGAGGACGGUGUUCCCGCUAGGGUUCUACAGUAUGAUGGCGGUGCCGCCGGCGAUGUCGGCGAUGAACCUCCUCUGGUUCCGGAAGAUCUGCAAGGGGAUGGUCAAGGCCAUGUCCAGCGCCAACCGAAGUCAAUGCGUCAAGACAGAUUAGGACUUGGGUAAAAGGAGAUGCAACGCUGUCUGGAAGCCAAAUGCUUACUAGCUUGCUUGUUUGAUGAUUAACUAAACUGUAAUCAAUCAAUUGAUUAUUUGAAAACCACUCGUGCGUACAAAAUCUGUUACUUAAGAGUAGAUAUGUCCCACACUCUUUUUCUUUGUUCUUUUAAAGACUCAUUGACCGUGUAUUAUGGAAUAGGCCAAGAUGUAAUACAUUUAUAAUCUCUCUGUUUCAGGUUAUAA